CGGCAGCCCUAAAUAUAUUUAUAAAACGAGAAAAUCCUUGCAAGAGUCUUUGUGGACUUAACUUGAGAAGUUAUCCUAUUAGAAUAAUGAAAAAAAAUAUGACAGUAAAUUAUUUCUAUAAUUUUGCAACUCGAAGCAGCCUUCUUCUUUAUGUCUCGAUAUUUACAUAUCAUAAAGUUAAAGGUCAGAGCCACAGCUGAGAAUUAGGAUGAAGUACAUAGGUGAUAAAAAGAUCAUAAUGUCAACGAUAGCAAGAUAAGCAACACAAAAUUUGACGAGCAGUAUAACGAAGAUGAUGCACAUCGCCUGGAAGGAGGAUAAAAAACACAAAAUUUGACGAGCAAUAAAAUGAGAGUAAUGCACAUUGCCUCACGUCCUAAUUUGCAAACCUUGAGUUUUUCCAUUGUUACCUAUCCGUGUCAGCUGAUUGCCUCUUCAAGCGGCGAAACAAUUGGCAUUGAUAGUCACUAAAUUUUAUCUCUGACUGAAACAUUCGUCGUUAGUGUAAAAAAGGUAGGAGUUGUCCUCAAUGUCAGUUGAAAAGUGACUAAAACUUCAAUUUGCAAAAGCGAGGUUAGAAACGACUCGCGGAAUCCAAAGAGGUCAAUCUACCAAUUUUUUAAGUGUUUAUUGAUAGCGGGAGUUUUAAAAGAGAAUCAAAGACCGGUAUUUUUCUUUCAUCAAUCUCAAAUAAUGAAACAACCGCUCGUGAAACUGACAAUCUUCAAAAAUCCAUUGGAGUCGGCUUGCACGAAACCAACAUGAUACUCUUGAAAAUAUUUUAAAGCUCAAAAGCUCUCGUCUUUUGACGGCACAAUGAAGUCAUCGGAGGAGCAGACUAAGGUUUCUUUCGAGGAGCCUCCCGAUACGAGCAAAAUCCGAUACGAAAAUGCCAGAAGAUCAACAUGUUCGCAGGUGGUGGUUAUGAUGGUCCUAAUUGGGCUGCUCCUCGACAUAGGUAUGCAGGCGUCCAUGCCAACGAUAGUCAUCGGUGCGCUUCACAGAAACCCAUCCGAACGCCUUAGCCUGAACGAUGAAGAAGCGUCGUGGUUUGGGAGUAUCCUGUCGUUCUCACACCCGAUCGGUGCCCUGAUCUCCGGAUUCCUCCAGGAGCGAUUCGGGCGGAGAGGCAGCAUGAUCCUGGUCAACAUCCCGACGUUGGCGGCCUGGACCACUCUUCACCUCGCCGAUUCCAUCUACCAACUCUACAUUGUGGCCGCCACUAUGGGAUUGUCCAUCGGGUUCCUUGAGGCGCCUCUCCACUCCUACAUCGGCGAAGUCGGUGAACCCCACUUCCGGGGCACCAUGUCCACCAUGGGCACCGCCGCGGCUCUUCUGGGCGUCCUCACCAUCCACAUGCUCGGGUACCUCGUCCGCUGGAGAACGGCCGCCCUUAUCAGCACUGCUGUUCCUCUUAUCACGAUCGUCUGCCUAACGCGGAUCCCGGAGUCACCAACGUGGCUAAUCAUGAACGGGCGCAUUAAAGAUGCGCAAAAAGCGCUUGGUUGGAUCAGAGGCUGGCUCAGGCCCGAGGCUGUUCAAAAGGAAUUUCAACAACUGUUGAACCACAUCGAGGCGGCGCCAAAGAUUCACCGUACACGAAGCAUCGAUAAUGAAACUUACCAAAUGGUCCCCACGGCUGAUUGUGAAGCUGAGUCCUCUCUACGUCCACCAGAAGAAAACAAAAGCUAUUUAAGAUCCAAGUAUGAAGAAUUAACCGACAAAAGACUGUACCGCCCACUUCGGAUGGUCUUCAUUGUGUUCUUCUUCACGAGCGCUACUGAACUAUCUGGAAUGCGGCCAUUCAUGGUUGGAAUCUUCAAAGAUUUUGGGUUUGCUAUUGACAGCCAGCUUCUUUUAGUAUUCAGCAUCGCCUUUUUUUUCGCGGGUGCGAUGCUAAACGUAGUACUCCUACGGCGGCUUGGCAAACGGAGAUUGACGUUGAUGUGUCAAGCGGUGGCUACUCUCUGCAUCCUUCUUCUGGGAACCUACACCACCCUUUUUAACAAAUCCAAUAGGAUCCCAAGUCUGGUCUGGAUCCCUGUCACACUGAUGUCUUGCAUCAAUUUCUGCGGUGGCUUUGCCAUAACGCUCAUCCCUUGGCAACUUUGUGCAGAGGUCUUCCCACUCAAGGGUCGAGGUACUGCACAGGGUCUCGCGGCAGCCUGGGCAUACUACGUGCGUUUUGUGAUGUCAAAGUCGCACUUGUAUUUAGAGAGAUGGAUCAAAUUAAAUGGAGUUUUCUUCCUCUACGGCGCUGUCGCAAUAAUUGCGUUUUUGUAUCACUUGCGAUAUCUGCCAGAGACUGAAGACAAAUCACUCGAGAAAAUCGAAUCCUAUUUUACUGAGGACCACGAUGAAGCAGAGAAAUUCUUGAAGCCCAAAAGUAGUAAUAAAUCCAGGUAACCUUUGCAGCAAGAGUAGACGUCUUGAUGGUGAAACCUAAAUGAUUUUCAGAUCAUGGACGGAGAGUUUUGGUCACAGGCAAUUUUAAAUUGUAUUCACUGUUUGUAAUGAUCCCUUUUUCUACUGAGUGGACGAUGUCUGUUUUAAAUCGAAUAAACCGUUUUUAUUUUUUUAA